GUUCUUCCUGGAGGCUCUGGGGGACUAGCUGUGAGACCUGGGGCAUGACCCCCUGUGGAUCAGUUUCCUCCUCUGGGAAAUGGGACAAGGGUAGCCCUUCCUCCCAGGGAUGCUGAGGAAUUUAAAUGAGACAACAGCUUCGAGAGCUGAUAGCACUCACAUUAAGGUGCAAUGGAGCCGCCGCGGGGCCCAAGGAAGCCUCUGUCAGGGAGGAGAGCCAGGUCUCUGGACAGGCUGCAGAACCCCCAGAAGGAUUCAGAGUCGUGCGACCACCGGUGCAUUUCCCGGCCCACCAGCCCCUCCAGGAGGAUGCCGCGCCGGGCGGCCAGCGAUGGGGCCAGAUGUCCCAAGAGCCCAGCUCAGUCUGUGGAGGCUCAGGGCACCACGACUGCAGCCCCCAGCCCGGAGGAGACCAGGGAGUUUCUCCCCAGUGAGCAGAGACCUCCGCAGGACACCAAGAAGGACAAGGCCCAGUGUCGGGCCCAGCAGGGGUGGCUGAGGACCAUGAUGAACUUCUUAUUUGGGAUGGGCCCCGAGGAGCCCAAGGAAAAGACCAACAAGAGGGCCAAGGGGAAGGAGGGCCUCCCCGAGCCCGCAGAAACCCCCGAGACACCAGGCGAGCCAGCUCCCAGGAAGAAAGCCCAUGGCAAGAAGGCCAGCCGCAAGAAACACGGUCAUAAGAAACAUGGUGCUGAGGAAACCAAGGGGACCCGAGAUCAGGAGGCCAAAGGGCAGGAGAUCAAGAUGGCUGGUGCCUCAUGCUGCAAGGAGGCUGAUCUGGGCCCAGCACCUGGGGGACGGAAAGUUUCUGACCUCCACCAGUUCUUGCUCCUUGAAGGUGGAGGUGCUGGAGUCCGGAAGGUUUCUUCCCAAGCCACAGGUCACCAGUGCGAAGAGGAGCUCGGAAAGCUUGACAAGGAUACCAUCAUCCAGAAGAUAGUGGAAUUUCUCCAAAAAGUGGGAGACCAGUGGGAAGAAGAGCAGCGUCAAGCCCCUCAGCCAGAGGUGGCUCCUCAAAACCCAGCACCAGUCUUCAGGAAGAAAUCCCAAGAGAGAAAGUCCAGCCUUAAGAAAGCCUUUUCUCAUAAAAAACACAGUUCUGAGGAGCCCAAGAGAGCACGGGCUGCAGAUGUUUCCAGCCCAGAGUCCCGGCCGCCCAGGAGGCCCAGCUUUCUGCCCCUGUGUGUUGGUGGCCAUCGGCCCUCCAGCUCCAGCAGCCCUGGUGUGGAAGAACCUGAAGUCCAAGAGGUUCUGUCUACAGACGGUGGGGAUCCAAGUCCCUUCGAGCUUUCCAACCCAGCAGGAAGCCGGGGACCCGAAGAGGACCUGCACCUGGACAGAGCCUCGGAAUUCAAAUUUAUCCAGAAGAUCAUUGACCUACUCCAAGAUGCAGAGGAGCAGGGGGGAGACAAGCAACUUCAAGUCCAGGAGCCAGAAGUGGCUGUAGGAAACCUGGCCCCAACCUGCAGGAAGAAAUCACAAGAGAAAAAGUCCAGUUUCAGAAAAGCCUUUUCUCAUAAGAAACAUGGCUUCAAGGAGCCCAAGAGAGGGGGUGCUGCAGGUGCUGCCAGCCCAGAUGCCCGGCCGCCAAAGAGGCCCAGCUUUCUGCCCCUGUGUGUUGGUGGCCAUCGGCCCUCUAUCUCCAGCAACCCUGAUCCGGAGGAUCUCGAGUUCCAGGAGUCCUCACCUGCAGAAGGGGGGCCAGUUGGAUCCUCAGAAGUACCCUCCCAGGCCAGAAGCCACAAUCCAGAAGCAGGACCUCAGCCGGAUGGAGCAAAUGAAUCUAAGGAGCUGAUCAUCCAGAAGCUGGUGGCCCUUCUCCAAGAAGCAGAUGGCCAGUUGGGGGAGCAGAUCAGGCAAAACCCCAGCUUUAAGAAGUUUUUUUACAAGCUCUCAGACUCUUCCCUCAGAAAGCUGGUAGCCACCCUGAGCACCCAGGAGGCCAACUCCACCGAACCCAAGAGAACCUCCCCGUUUGUCUUUGGCUUGGCUAACAAAUGUGCUGGCAGCAAUUACCAAGCCGUCCACAGCCUCACGGGCCUACACUACAGGCGACCCAGUUUUAGCCAGUUCCCAUACAGGGAGGACCAGCAGAACGACACAAAUCCUCAGAGCCAGAGUCCAGACUGAAAGCUGUGCUUUGCACUCAAGUUCCCUGAAUUAUCCAAACAUCGGCGGCUUUAGCCAGGAAACCCUGAAGAUGUCCCAAUCCAGUGCUUCACAGACAUGACUGAAGACAAGAGUGGGCAGCCAUUCUGCAUCCUUGCACCGUUGUGAGCUUAUCUCAGUGGAGAAUGCAGAAAUGUUCUUCCGCAAAGCUGGAGGCAGAGGCCAUGGGGGGGAAAUAACACUGGACUGGGAGUUAGGAGACCAGGACUCCACCUGCUCCCCUGCCCCAAACUUGCUGCAAGACCCUGUCCAUGUCCCAUGUCCCCUCUCCUCUCCAGACCUUGGACUCUGGGCUGGAUUAGUGACCCAUCAGAUCUCUUCUGGCUCUAUUAUGCUGAAGUCUCUCUAAAGAGAAUUAGUAAGUGCUUUCACUCUGUGGCUAAAUAUACCCACCCCACAGAGCUGGAGGCAAUCUUUAAGUACUGACCAAAUGAAUGAAUGGGGGGAUCUCCUGAGAUCUAGGCAAUUUUGCCAGGCAUUCUCUGGGAGGCCUUGGUCCUCAACUGGAAUUGUGCAACCCGUGGUUCUAUCUCUAAACUGGGAGCUAGGGAGGAAAUGGGGGAGCUACCUCAACAGGCAUUGGUCCAGAGCACUGGACCGGGAAUCAAGGCCUUUGCAUUCUGGGGCCAAUCCUAGUGUGUAGU